AUGGCCGAAUUGCAAACGCUGCUGGACAUGGGGUUCCCUCAGAACCGAGCCGAAAAGGCGCUGGCCAAGACGGGGCAUCGGGGCGCCCAAGUGGCCAUGGACUGGAUUUUUGCGCAUCAAGACGACGCGGAUAUCGACGAGCCCAUGGCGGAACCAGCU